ACCGGGAAGUGAUGAAUGCAUUCUCCCAUGGUCCCUCCAUUUUGAUCUCUAUGUCUACCCCAAUAAAGAGAGGCGUAGUUGUGCAAAAUUGUCGGUCUUAUGUGUUAUUAAGUGCCAUGGAAUUGUUUCUACUCAAAAUUGUGGUCACAUAUGAGUUGUCUAUGUAA